UGCGGGCAGAGCCGGAGCGAGCGGUCGCGCCCCAGAGGCUCCGCUGCCGUCCCCGCCAUGGUCUCGGCUCCGCGCUGCUCGCUCCUGGCGCUGCUGCUGCUGCCCCUGCCCGGGGCUCGCGGUCUGUGUGGGGCCGCGCCAAGGCUCAGUCGUGCUAUCCCCCGUGAUACUAAUCGCACAGAGGGCUUCCCUAUUGGCACAGAAGUGACCUACAGGUGCCUUAAUGACUUUGUUAAAAUCCCUGGAAAGUCAGACACUGUCGUUUGCCUUUCAAACUCAGAGUGGUCAACCUUUGGAGAAUUUUGUGGUGCUAGCUGUGGUGCCCCACCAAGGAUCAGAUCUGCUGUCUUAAGUGAGGAAGAUGAGAAGAAGAAUUACUUUCCUAAUGGGACCACUGUGAGUUACGUCUGUCGCCCAGGAUAUGAGAGCACCGAACUGAGACCUGUCAUUACUUGUCUUGAGAAUUUAACAUGGUCAGAAGCCCCUGAGUUCUGUAGAGGGAAAUCGUGUGGUGUUCCAAAAGGACCAGAGCAUGGCAGAGCUCUUGUUAUAACCAAUGACUUGUAUGGUGCAAAAGCAAACAUCGUUUGUGAUGACGGGUUCAGAUUACAUGGACGGACUUUCAUCCAAUGUGUGCUGAAGGGAGAUCAAGUUGAAUGGAGUCAACUUCCAGCUUGUCAAGUCAUAAUUACCCAGGACAAACCCACAACUGUCCUUCCCAGAGGAACAGAAGUAGCUGGGACUGCCUCUGUCAUAAUUACCCAGGACAAACCCACAGCUGUCCUUCCCAAAGGAGCAGAAGUAACUGGCGCUUCCUCAGGUCUGUGUGGGGCCCUGCCAAGGUUCAGUCAUGCCGUCCCCCAUGAUACUGAUCGCACAGAGGGCUUCCCUAUUGGCACACAAGUUACGUACAGGUGCAACGAUAGCUUCGUUAAAAUCCCUGGAAAGUCAGACACUGUCGUUUGCCUUUCAAACUCCAAGUGGUCAACCAUUGGAGAGUUUUGUGGUCAUCAUGUCUUUUUGCUAGCUGCCUGUGGUGCCCCACCAAGGUUAAAAUCUGCUGCCUUAAGUACGGAAGAUGUGACGAAGAAUUACCUUCCUAGUGGAACCACUGUGAGUUAUGUCUGUCAUCCAGGAUAUGAGAGCACCGAACUGAGACCUGCCAUUACUUGUCUUGAGAAUUUAACAUGGUCAGAAGCCCCUGAGUUCUGUAGAGGGAGAUCUUGUGGUGUUCCAAAAGGACCAGAGCAUGGCAGAGCUGUUGUUAUAACCAAUGACCUGUAUGGUGCAAGAGCAAACAUCAUUUGUGAUGACGGGGUCACAUUACAUGGGCCAACUUUCAUCCAAUGUGUGCUGAAGGGAGAUCAGGUUGAAUGGAGUCAACUUCCAACCUGUCAAGCGCCUGGCGUUGAUAUACGCAUCAGCAUCGGCUUAGUCAUCGGCUUAGUCAUCAGCUUAGUCAUCGGCUUAGUCAUCAGCUUAGUCAUCGGCACCGCCAUCGCCAUCGCUAUUGUUAUUGCCAUCACCAUCGCCAUUGCUAUCAGCAUUGCCAUCGGCAUUGGCAUUGGCAUUGCCAUCGGCAUCGGCAUCAGCAACGGCAUUGCCAUUGGUAUUGGUAUUGGUUUUGUUGUCGUUUUUAUUUGUAUUGGAAUAUACAAAAAGAAACACUGUUCUUACAGUGUAAAUCUGGAUUCCCGAAAUCAUCACAUUACAACAGAACAUGAUUUGCAGAUGAGUAAAACAGAAAGUAAUUUGAUCUUCAAAGCGCCGGGCCAGGAAAAGUGGCGCCGGGCCGCCAGGGGACAGAGCCGGGACGUGUCUGCCCGUGAGAAGCGACGCGGCGGGGCAGCCCGGGGAGCGGCGGGUGCUGCCGGUUGUAUCAUCGUGGGUCCGCUUCUUCGCCGCUGCCGCCUUAGCCCCGCGACUUCUCCCAUCGGCCCCGCCAUGGUCUCGGCUCCGCGCUGCCCGCCCGGCGCCCGCGGGCUCCUGGCGCUGCUGCUGCUGCUGCUGCUGCCGCCCCUGCCCGGGGCUCGCGGAAAACAAUGUAAACCACUGGAACUAGAAAAUGGCAGGGUUGAUUUAACUGAUCUCCGGUUAGGUGCAACAGCAACCUUCUCCUGUAAUGAAGGGUACAGAUUAAUUGGAACGACUUCUGCCCAAUGUUUGACUGUAGGAAAUGAAGUUGAUUGGAAUAAGGAGCUUCCACAUUGUGAAGCAAUACCUUGUCCUCCACCUCCUGGUAUCAUCCGUGGAUCCCAUACUGGUCAGAGUGAACAAGAGUUUUACUAUGGCUCAGCGGUAACUUACAAAUGUGAGAAGGGCGUCUCUCUUAUUGGAGCGGCCUCCAUUUAUUGUACAACAAAAGAUAAUGUCAAUGGACAGUGGAGUGGGCCUGCCCCUGAAUGCAAAGUGGUCAGGUGUCGAGAGCCUGAAGUCAAAAAUGGAAAAAAGCAAUCUGGGUUUGGACUUGACUAUUCAUAUGGAAAUGUCGUAAUAUUUGAAUGUGAUUCUGGCUACACUCUGACUGGUAGCAGUUCAGUUAAAUGUGAAGCUAACAAUUCAUGGGUUCCAUCUUUGCCCACCUGUGUCAAGCAGAACACUGGUACUAUAAUUGCUAUAGGGAAGAUGCCUAUCAUUCUGGCAGUGCUGACUACUAACUUAGUCAUCAGACAGUGAAGAUGAAAUUGGAAGAAAACGGAGGGAAGCCUCCUAUGAUUGCAAUAAACUUCUCUUGUGAUCCCAGAUUCCUACGGUUGUAUUCAGCAUUGUGGAUUUUGCUGUUGCAAGCAAGAGCCUGUUGAGAUUUCUAUUUGGAGGUUUCUGUCUUGAAGUACUUAUUAUCCCUUUUAAAAUACAGAUUUAAUGAUGCCAAAGAUACUCAUAGAACUGCUGUAGGCUUUUGUUAAUUCACAUUUAUCCUCAGUUGUUUUGAUUAAAAAAAAAAAAAAAAUCUCCAGAAUAAUCAGUGUUCCUUUGCUCUCGUGUCCAGGAAACUCCAAAAACAACAGAAACCUCAAACUAUUCUCACCCCAAGUCUUAUGUUCAGGAUGUCCUCAGUGUAGCAUCCCAGAGUGAAGUGCAUGGAUGUGUGUAAGACUCAAGUGUUCAGAGUCCACGCUAUCAAAUUGUUUAAGUUUGUAUUGAGAGCCAAAAUAAAUGACCUGUUUCCUUAAGAGCCAUUUCUGAUAAGUAAUCAGUAAAAUGGUUAUACUUGUGAGCAAAUUCUUCAGUAAUUCUGUGCCUAAACAAAAUGUCUUUAUUUUAACAUUUCAGUAGCUGAAAACGAGUUCGGUAGCAUUUACAGCAAGCUUAUUACAUUCAUGAAAUAAUUCUCUGCUGUGAAAAGGUGUUUAUAACCAAAUGAUGUGUUGUCAGUAGGAUUGAAAACAUAAAUUAUUUGUAUAGACUUUUACUUGGUAACUUCCAUAUUUAUCAAAUGGAAAAAAUUGGAAUUUCGGUUGUACUUAAAUCUUUUUUUCUCUGAAUAAAAGGAAUAUGGUA